AUGCCUCAGUACGAUGUAGACACGGAAUCCGCCGACCAACAGCCGCGCCCCACGCCCGCCAACGAGUCGCUCGAGGCUCUCCUAGCCAACGACACCAUCACCGUCGACAAAGAAAACGGCACCGUUGUUCUCCGUGAUGAGAAUGGGGCCAUCAUAGAGCUGGACGGCGAUCCGGAGGAAAUCGUGCGCAAGAAAAGAACGUUCGGGGACUUAGUGUUUAGAGGGUUAGCCGAUGUGCUCGGGUACAGUGUGGCCAGGAAACCCCCGCAAGCCGCGUUCCCGCCACCCCUUGCGCCAGUGCCAGGUAUCGACACGCCCCUGGCGGCCCCGGCGCAGGCUGGACCGGCCCCCGCGCCCGCGCCUGCCCCCGCGCCCUGCGGACAGCCCCGCGCCGCGGGUCCCCCGCCUUGCAGAGCUGCGAAGCCACCACCGCCGCCGCCACCACCACCACAACCUAAGGCUGUCCCACCGUGUCCGAGACCUCGCGCCGCGCCGCGCCCUAAACCUAAGCCCAAGCCUACUCCGCCACCACCGCCGCCGCCACCACCCCCGUGUGCCCAGCCGCGCGCCAACCCCACGACACCAGCACCCUGCGCUCCACCACCACCGCCUCCUCCACCUCCGAAAGCUGACAAUCUUGAGAGGAUCACGUCUAACCUCAGGCUGAACUUUAACUUUAACAGAGCGCCUGUUGCCCCCGCUACUCCUGCACCCCAGGCCGAAGCAGUAGCUGACGAUGAUGCUUUAUUAGACACUCAAGAACAGUUUGUACCUAUAGCGAUAGAACCACGUGCGGGAAGGUUACCGCAAACUGAGCCGCGUAAGCCGCGGGUGUAUGUCGACGCGUUCGUCGUGAGAAAUGGAGUAGCGAGCCGCGUGGACACUGUGGAUGCGAGGCAGUUCGAUCCACAGCGGGCCGCCGAUGAGGACUACUUGGCGUAUGACGAUGAUGACGACCAACAACAACUGGACGACGACGACUACGAAGACGUGCAGGAGUCUCGCGACCGCGAGGCCGCCGUGCGACAGUUCGGUAACGCCGUGGAUCAGUUCUGGCAGCACAAGCAGCAGCCAAGACGUCCCGCUCAGCAGAAGGCGCGCAAGCUACCCGCGAAUCAUUAUCAAAACGUACAUUUUGGAGAUCGGGAUCUCGCUGACGACAUCCGUCGCGGUGACUCCCACCAGAGCCUUCAGCGGGAACGCGCUCAUCCCAACCGCAUACCACUGCCGCUGCCAGAGGCAGAGGACGAUGCAGAGGUCACCACUACUACUGAAGAUCCUAAGAAACCUCUCAAACCUCGCGUACUUCCUCCAACUGAACAUAACCCAAACCAAAUAGAUACCGUUACGGUGAGGGUGCCACCAAUAUAUCGAGAAAAACGACCCAGAAAGUUACACCGCGAAAAACCAGAGCAGCCAGACCGAGAUGAAGAAAACGAGGGUAACACAGACUUCAGUAGCCGCGAGCGAGAGUACCACCACGACGCGGACGGCGACGACAGCUCGCUGGCGCCGCGCACCGAGCGCCCCGCCAAGCGCAAGCGCCGCCGCAAGCAGAGCAGGAAGACGCGCGCCGCCAGCGACGAGCACUACGACGCCGACUAUGACUACUACGGCAAGAAGUUACCCGUCUCCCAGGAAGAGAAGUUCUACAUGGACCUGACCGUGCCGCCGCCGACUGUGGACGCGGACGUGGCGCGACACGAGAAGCCUGUGGACAGCGGAUACUUCCUCGAGGACCACGAGCGCCUGCGUGACGACCCGAGCCACCGCAUCCGCGACGAAGACC